AUGGUCCGGAGGCGAGUGCGGCGGCUGCUGGGUGUGGCGCAGGCGCUGCCUGCUGAGCUCGGCGGCGACGAUUCCUCGGCCGCGUCGACCUACGGGACCGAGGCUGCGGCGGACGACGACUACCGGGCGUUCCUGGACCUGGCGAUGGAGGACUUCGCGCUGCUGCAAGGCCGGCUCGGCGCGUUCUCGGUGUUCCCGCAGGCCGACGUGUUCGCUGACCCGCCCUGCUGCCUCAAGGCACACACGCCGCCCUGCUCCACUCACCUCUGCCGCGCCAUCACUCCCCCUGCACGCUCCAUCGCCUCAGCGCCACCGUCGUCGCAAGCAGGCGACGCUCGCAAGCCGAGGUGCUCUCCGUCGCAAGCAGGCGGCACGGUCGGCAACGGCGCACCGUGGAUGCUCACCGUCGCCGCGGGCACCAUGGACCGCGCGAUACGGACCAAUGUGAAGCUCGGCAACGGCGAGGAGUUCCACGGAGAGUCCCUGUUCCAGUCCAGGAACAACUCCGCCGCGGACCAGCUCCCGCUGGUGUACCCCGGCGCGGACGGCUUCGACGCCAGCCGCGACUGCAGCGUGCUGCACAGCGCCGAGGUGACCGGCAAGGUGGUGCUCUGCGAGAGCAGGGGCCCGAGCGGCCGCAUCGAGGCCGGCCAGACCGUGGCGGCGUACGGCGGCGUGGGCAUGAUCGUGAUGAACAAGGCGGCGGAGGGGUACACCACCUUUGCCGACGCGCACGUCCUCCCUACGUCGCACGUCAGCUACGAAGCCGGGGCCAAGAUCAUGGCCUACCUCAACUCCACGGCCAACGGGGCGGCGAGCAUCGACUUCAAGGGGACGAUCAUCGGCUCGUACCCGUCGCCGAUGGUCACCUUCUUCUCGUCCCGUGGGCCGAGCAAGGCGAGCCCGGGCAUCCUGAAGCCGGACAUCACGGGCCCCGGCAUGAACAUCCUCGCGGCGUGGGCGCCGAGCGACUCGCACACGGAGUUCUCCGACGGCGGGGCCGACCUCUCCUUCUUCGUCGAGUCCGGGACGUCCAUGUCGACGCCGCACCUGAGCGGCAUCGCGGCGCUCCUCAAGAGCCUGCACCCAGACUGGUCACCGACCGCGAUCAAGUCGGCGAUCAGACGGGAGUUAUUGCUUAGGACCCACGCGUCAUACACACAUGCAUGGGAAGGGAGAGAGAGAAGCUAG